GGGGCGGGCGGCGGGGCGCGUGCUGCUUUCCUGCAUCCCCGGGGCCACUUCCGGCCAGCGAGUGCGAGCGGCGUGGCCGCGGGACACGAUUUGUUUUCCUUUUAAAUUCCAACUCUGCAGGAAGCAAUGACAGCCCGAGUACUUGUAAUUGGAAGUGGCGGAAGGGAGCAUACAUUGGCCUGGAAACUUGCACAGUCUCAUCAUGUCAAACAAGUGUUGGUUGCCCCAGGAAAUGCAGGCACUGCCUGCUCUGGAAAGAUUUCAAAUACAGCUAUCCCCGUCAGUAAUCACACUGCCCUUGCUCAGUUCUGCAAAGAUGAGAAAAUUGAGUUUGUAGUUGUUGGACCUGAGGCACCUCUGGCUGCUGGAAUUGUUGGAGACCUGACCUCUGCAGGAGUACGAUGCUUCGGCCCCACAGCAGAAGCAGCUCAGUUGGAGUCCAGCAAAAGAUUUGCCAAAGAGUUCAUGGACCGACAUGGGAUCCCAACUGCACGAUGGAGAGCUUUCACCAAACUUGAAGAGGCCUGCAGCUUCAUUAUGAAUGCAGACUUCCCUGCAUUGGUGGUGAAAGCCAGUGGUCUUGCAGCUGGAAAAGGGGUGAUUGUUGCAAAGAGCAAAGAAGAGGCCUGCAAGGCUGUACAAGAGAUUAUGCAGGAAAAGGCUUUUGGAGCAGCUGGAGAAACAAUCGUCAUUGAAGAACUUCUUGAAGGAGAAGAAGUGUCUUGUCUGUGUUUCACUGAUGGGAAGACAGUGGCCCCCAUGCCCCCGGCACAAGACCACAAGCGAUUACUGGAAGGCGAUCAGGGCCCCAACACAGGGGGGAUGGGAGCCUAUUGUCCAGCACCUCAGGUUCCUAUGGAUUUGUUACUGGAAAUUAAGAACACUGUUCUUCAGAGGGUGGUAGAAGGCAUGCAGCAAGAGGGUACGCCAUAUACAGGAAUUCUUUAUGCUGGCAUAAUGCUGACCAAGGGCGGCCCGAAGGUUCUGGAAUUUAAUUGCCGUUUUGGUGAUCCAGAGUGCCAAGUAAUCCUCCCACUUCUUCAGAGUGAUCUUUAUGAAGUGAUUCAGUCCACCCUAGAUGGCCGACUGAGUGCAUCUCUACCCAUUUGGCUGGAAAGCCACUCUGCCAUAACGGUUGUCAUGGCAAGUAAAGGUUAUCCUGGAGCCUACACGAAGGGUACAGAGAUAACAGGGUUUUCUGAAGCUCAAGCCUUAGGACUAGAGGUGUUCCAUGCUGGCACUUCUCUUAAAGAUGGCAAAGUGGUAACCAGUGGGGGCAGAGUCCUUACAGUGACAGCUAUCCGGGAGAAUCUCCUACUGGCCCUGGAAGAAGCCAAGAAAGGACUUGCUGUGAUAAAGUUUGAGGGAGCAGUUUAUAGAAGGGACAUCGGCUUUCGGGCCAUAGCUUUCCUCCAACAGCCCAGGGGCCUGACAUACAAGGAAUCGGGGGUAGACAUUGCAGCUGGAAAUAUGCUGGUUAAGAAAAUUAAACCUUUAGCAAAAGCCACCUCCAGACCAGGCUGUGAUGUUGACCUUGGAGGGUUUGCUGGUCUUUUUGAUUUGAAAGCAGCAGGUUUCAAAGAUCCUCUUCUGGCCUCUGGAACAGAUGGUGUUGGGACUAAACUGAAGAUUGCCCAGCUGUGCAAUAAACACGAUACCAUUGGUCAAGAUUUGGUUGCCAUGUGUGUAAAUGACAUUCUGGCUCAAGGAGCAGAGCCUCUCUUCUUCCUUGAUUACUUUUCCUGUGGAAAACUUGAUGUCAAUACAACUGAAGCUGUUGUUGCUGGAGUGGCUCAAGCUUGCAGACAAGCUGGAUGUGCUCUUCUUGGAGGAGAAACAGCAGAAAUGCCUGACAUGUAUCCUCCGGGCGAGUAUGAUCUGGCUGGUUUUGCCGUUGGUGCCAUGGAGCGGGAUCAGAAACUCCCCCACCUAGAGAGGAUCACUGAAGGCGAUGUUGUUGUUGGAAUCGCCUCAUCCGGUCUUCACAGCAAUGGCUUUAGCCUUGUGAGGAAAAUAGUGGAGAAAUCUUCCCUCCAGUACUCCUCUCCAGCACCUGAUGGUUGUGGUGACCAGACUCUAGGGGAUCUGCUCCUAACUCCAACUAGAAUCUACAGCCAUUCACUGUUACCCAUCAUCCGUUCAGGACAUGUCAAAGCCUUUGCUCAUAUUACUGGUGGAGGACUGCUAGAAAACAUUCCCAGAGUACUGCCUCCGAAAUUCGGGGUAGAAUUGGAUGCCCGUAGCUGGAGGAUCCCUAGGGUCUUCUCAUGGUUACAGCAUGAAGGACAGCUCUCAGAAGAAGAGAUGGCCAGAACCUUUAACUGUGGAGUUGGAGCAGCUCUUGUGGUGUCAAAGAACCAAACAGAACAAAUUCUGACUGCGAUUCAUCAGCGUCAGGAAGAAGCCUGGGUGAUCGGCAGUGUGGUCGCAUGUCCUGAAGGUUCCCCUCAAGUGAAAGUCAAGAAUCUUAUUGAAACCAUGAACAUAAAUGGGUCAUUGUUGGUGAAUGGCUCUCGGAAAAAUCAUCUCCCCACCCAACCAAAGAAGGCAAGAGUGGCUGUCCUAAUAUCUGGAACAGGAUCGAACCUCCAAGCACUCAUAGACAGUACUCUGGAUCCAAAGAGCUCUGCACACAUUGUUGUUGUAAUCUCCAACAAAGCCCAAGUGGCUGGGUUGAGCAAGGCAGAGAGAGCUGGUAUUCCCACCAAAGUAAUAAAUCAUAAAUUAUACAAAAGUCGUGUCGAUUUUGACAAUGCAGUUGACCAAGUCCUUGAAGAGUUUUCCACAGACAUAGUCUGUCUUGCAGGAUUCAUGAGAAUUCUCUCUGGCCCCUUUGUCAGAAAAUGGGAUGGGAAAAUGCUAAACAUCCACCCAUCUUUGCUCCCUUCAUUUAAGGGUGCAAAUGCUCAUGAGCAAGUUCUGGAAGCUGGAGUCACAAUUACUGGGUGCACAGUACACUUUGUAGCUGAAGAUGUAGAUGCUGGACAGAUCAUUUUACAAGAAGCUGUUCCAGUGAAGAGGGGUGACACCAUUGAAACUUUGUCUGAAAGAGUAAAAUUAGCAGAACACAAAAUAUUUCCUGCAGCCCUCCAGCUAGUGGCCAGCGGAACUGUACAGCUUGGAAAAAAUGGCAAGAUCUGCUGGGUCCAAGAGGAAUGAAGCCUCCUGGUUGAGGGUUGAAGCCAGUUGUGAAGGAACUGUGGCUGUAUGCUUGUUGCCUUUUUAUCAUGGAUUUAUUAGCAAAAGAUGAAAAGCUGCUAAUAAAAAUGACUUCAUCCUUACCAUUAAAAACAAGA